GCCGAUUAUGAGGCUACACAAGCCGCACUUAAUAUGAUUUCUAGUUUUGCCGAAGGGCUUGAAAGACAGUGUCAAGGAUUAGCGUCAUCAAGUGACGAAUUAGCAGCAAUUUCCGAUAGUGUCUCUAAUUCAAACCAAGUUAUUAAACAAAAACAGAAAGACAUUCAAAACUUAAUUUCCAUUAAUCAACGAACAGGAGAAGGUUUGCUUGAACAAUCUCGAGAGAUAUCAAGAUUUAUACAAAAAGAACUCAGCCCUUUUAAAUUGCGUCUUGAAUCUUUAACUAAGGAUCUUGAUUGCUCGAUGUUACGAGAGAAUGAGCAGUUUCAAGAUUUGGAUUUAAAGUUGGCAGUGCAAGUCCGGUUAAACAAUGAUUUUCGAACCGUUAGUUCCCUUAAUAUCUACAGAGUGUUUAAUGAUAAAUUUAUAGGGGAAAUAAAGGAAAUGAUACGUUGUCCAAAAUAUUCGAGCACCGACUGCGUUCUUAGAAUUUUGGCAGAGUUGAAGCGCGAGGGUGCCGCUCUCGAAAUUACGCGAAAUGGUUUAAUUAGGAAUAUGAGCACUUGUCAUUACGAAAUGCAGAUGAAUGACAUGAAAAGUUCAGUCGAAAGGUUAUCAGAAAUGUUGGAAAAACAAGAAAAAGAAUUCUUUGAAAAACAAGUUCCAAGAAUUAAAGAAGAAAUUGCGAAGAGUAGUGCAGCUGAAAAUACUUGUAAGGAAAUUCAAGAGAUAAUUGAGGAACG